GUCUGAUAUUGAAAAAUAUUGAAAAUAAAAAGUAUUAUAAACUAUUAGUUAAAGAACAUAUAUUCCUCAAUUAAAAAACAUAUCAAAACAUUAUAUAUGUCUUGACAGUAACUAGCUACCAUAUACCACCAUGGAGUUUGGACCUUAUUCCUGUCUUUCAUUGCCAUGAACCUAAGUUUCUCUAUCUGUCUUUAUCUACGUGUUGGGCCUCUCUGUGGCCCAGUUCUCCACCAGAAGCCAACUAUUGCCGGCCUGUUGAUCUCUUUGUUGUCUUUCUCUCUACUCACUAAUUUUACUACUAUCAUGACAUUAGUGCAAAUAUUGAUAAUAAAUUUCACUAUAUAGUACAUUUAUAUCCACUAACUUGAUUUUUCUAUUGAAGAGAACUAAAUCAUAACUGAUCAUGGAGGAUGCUAAGAAGUUGGAAGAGGGUACUCUUGGAAGUGACACAGAAUUAGUCAAGGAAUAUCAUAAACAGUACAGUAAAGAUAUUGUUACUACUACUACUACUCAUUCUCAUGAUCAUGAAGUGGUCAAUAAGAUUGAAAGAGGAGAUGUCAUUGAGCAAAAAGAUCAGAAUGAGCUUAAGAAGACCGAAGGAGGUAUUGUUGUGCAAAAUGUUGAGGAAGAAGCUAUCACCAUGGUUAAGCAGGCAAAAAAGAGCAAGAGAAUUGCUACCUUAGAUGCCUUUAGAGGCCUCACCAUAGUGUUGAUGAUAUUGGUAGAUGAUGGUGGAGAAUUCUAUCCACGCAUUGACCACUCACCAUGGAAUGGUUGUACUUUGGCUGACUUUGUUAUGCCCUUCUUUCUCUUCAUUGUUGGGGUGGCUAUAGCCCUUGCUCUCAAGAGAGUUCCAAAGAUCAACGAUGCAGUGAAAAAAAUCAUUCUCAGGACAUUAAAGCUUCUCUUUUGGGGGAUUCUCUUGCAAGGCGGGUACUCUCAUGCACCGAGUGAUCUAAUUUAUGGCGUUGACAUGAAGCAAAUUAGAUGGUGUGGAAUACUUCAGAGAAUAGCUUUAGUGUACUUGGUUGUAGCUUUAAUAGAGACAUUCACAACCAAAGGCAGACCAACAGCUAUAGACUCAAGACCAGUAUCCAUUUUCACUGCAUACAGAUGGCAAUGGAUCGGAGGGUUCAUCUCGUUCUUAAUUUACAUGAUAACUACCUUCGCAUUGUAUGUUCCUGACUGGAGCUUUAUUGAUGAAACAAAGAGAUACACGGUAAAGUGUGGAAUGAGAGGACAUUUUGGACCAGCCUGCAAUGCAGUUGGAUAUGUAGAUAGACAAGUUUGGGGUGUUAACCAUCUUUAUUCUCAACCUGUUUGGAUACGGUUAAAGGCUUGCACGCUGAGUUCACCAAGCGGAGGUCCCCUAAGGGAAGGCGCUCCAAUUUGGUGUCGAGCUCCAUUUGAACCCGAAGGCCUCUUGAGCUCAAUCUCAGCUAUCCUUUCUGGGACAAUAGGAAUCCAUUAUGGACACAUUUUGGUUCAUUUCAAGGGUCACUCUGAGAGGCUGAAGCAAUGGAUGUCAAUGGGGUUUGGCUUGCUUAUCAUAGCUAUAAUCCUUCACUUUACUGAUGCUAUUCCUAUAAACAAACAAUUAUACAGCUUCAGCUACGUUUGUUUCACAGCUGGGGCAGCUGGAAUAGUGUUCUCUGGUCUUUACAUACUGAUUGAUGUUUGGGGAUUUCGAACACCAUUCUUAUUCCUGGAAUGGAUUGGAAUGAAUGCAAUGCUAGUGUUUGUGUUGGGAGCUCAGGGCAUUUUGGCUGCUUUCGUUAAUGGAUGGUACUAUGGAACCCCAGAUAAAUCUUUAGUUAACUGGAUACAAGAGCAUGUCUUUAUCAAUGUUUGGCAUUCAGAGCGACUAGGAUCUCUUUUAUAUGUCAUAUUUGCAGAAAUCACAUUUUGGGGAAUAGUUGCUGGAAUUCUGCACAAAUUGAGAAUUUAUUGGAAGUUGUAGAGGGAAAAAAAAUGAAAACACUACAAAAUGAUCAUCGGAAGGCUCAAUUCUCUACAUGUAUUUCAAUUAUUUAUUUAUUAUUAUUAGUGUUAUUGUUAUUAUUAACAAUAAUAUUGCAGAAUUUCUUCUUUGGUGAACUUCUAUUGAUUCUAUGUCUUAUCUUUUUAUGUGAUACCAAAUAUAGCUUAGUAAAGAAUUUAUAUGUGAUACCAAUCGUAUUUACAUGGAAUCUUUGGAUAAAUGUCAAAGUUUAAUUACAAUGUUGAAAUUGAAGCCUGUCUUCUUUU